UGCGUGUGUAUGAUACGUACAUUAGCAGACGGAGAGCUGAAUUAUAAAUCACAUGAAUAGUUAUGGCGUUCGCCAAGAUCGUUGAGACUGCGGUGGUAAGAAAAGUGAAUCGUUGUCGUCGUCGUCGUUUCGGUAAUUUUAAUCCCAACUCUAAACGAAGCCAUAUCACGAAACAAAGAUGAAGAGGCUGCACCCGCUGACAUGAUAAAGCAGUAAUGCCAAGAGUGUGGAUGUGGGUAAGAAGCCGUCAUCUUAACGAGAGGGAUGUCUGAAAGUGACGGAGAGCAGACAGCUAGGUCUGUGGCCUUGGAGCAAGCAUAUGUCCAUGAAGUGUACGAGCAAUGCGCCGAGAAGACUGCCCAGAGUCGACAUUGGCCUCGUAUAUAUCAGUUUCUUGAAGAGCUUGAGCCUGGGGCCCUUGUAUGUGACGUUGGUUGUGGCAAUGGGAAGUAUUUGAGCGUCAACCAGAGUAUAUUCAAAGUUGGAGCAGACAGGUGCAAACAUCUGACAGACAUUGCACGAGAAAAAGAAAAUGAGGUCUUGAUUUGUGAUAAUCUGUCGUUACCUUUUCGUGAUGACAGCUUUGACGCAGUUCUAUCCAUUGCUGUUGUUCAUCAUUUUGCAACAACUGAGCGGCGAGUUCAUGCGCUUAAAGAAUUGGCAAGAGUAUUACGAAUUGGAGGACGGUUGGUAAUAUCUGUCUGGGCUAUGGAACAACGACACAGAAAGUUUGAGUCACAAGAUGUGUUGAUUCCGUGGCCCAAAGCCUACUGUCUUAACUCGUUUUCGAAUGGAAAUACAUAUUCGGGAAUUCCGUAUGCUGAUGAAAUACAACACAACCAGAUAGUUCCAAAGGAUUUUCUAACAUCCAAGAGAAAUAGUCGGAAAAAGUAUGGAACCAAAGGUUACUGGAUCGAUCCAGUGCUAAGCCCAUCACCCUCAACCAGCAGUCUCUCUAGUCCAAAUGAAACAUGCUACAGUUUUGUGCGCAGAGCCUUGCAGAAAUUGGCAGGAGGUAAGCGGAAUAGCCCUGGAAGUCGGCCUUGGUUUUUAGAGACUUGGAGCCAAAGUGGAGGAAAAGAGAAACGACAUAUACGUCAGGAAUAUGAUAGUGGAGAUGUGGACGACUUGCCAAUAGAAUUACGCCGACUUGAGGACUUGAAUGCAACACUCAACAAAUAUCCUGACACCUUGAGUGUCAAGUCAAAAAGCCUAGGGGAUAUUCUGGAAAUACAACGACUCAACCUAGUGAGAUCCCGCUCUAGUAUACCUGGUCUCUGCUCUACGCUAACAUCUGAUUCGUUCUUAAAUGAAACGGCUGAAACUCCACCCCUUACCAACGCAAAGCCUAAGCUUGUGAAGCAAAAGUCUCAUUUCAUAGAAGAUGUAUGUGUAGAAAUUUCUGAAAACACUGCCAUUCAAGAACUCAUCAAGGACCUUCCAGAUUUUCAGACUGUACAAAGGUUCCCUGUAAAACGUGGAAAUGUACAGAAACAGAGCUCUCUGAAUGAGGAGUUGAUGUCUAUUGAUCGACUGAAGGAAAAGGAAAAAGUGCGAAGGAACAUAAUGAAACAAGCUUCGCUAAACGAGGAGAUAAUAUGUAAUCGAAAAGCAUUCGAGGCAUUCAAGGAUUCGAUUUAUUCUGCGAAUGCUACAAAACGAUUCCAACUAUUGAAAAGUGGCCUUACAAAUAGAAUAAAACAGUCAACCACGAAUAUAGAAAAGGUGUCUGGUAUGUCAAUUAAAAACGGAUUUGUCAAAAUGAUCCAAGGCUGGACAUCUGCUGAAAACGAAGAGGAAACAAGCUGCAGUACGAUGAUACCCUGUGAGCCGGUAUCGCCGAAAAUAAAACCCACCGAGAAAUUUACGACGACAAUAAAAAAAGAUGCGGAAAUAAUCGAGAGACGAUUGUCGCGCGAAGAUGGAUCGGAUUCAUCUAAGGACAGCAGUUUGCAGAGUGACACUAGCGUUGAUUCGGAAGACAGUUUUGCUUCGGUUAUUUACGUGCCAAAACACGACUUGUCAUCGAUUAUUGAUGCAAUCUCGGCACCUCCUGGUUGUCAGUUAAGCGCUAUGUCUGCUCCGCCUUCACCACGAGUGAAACAUCCACCUGAUUUAAUGGGACCACGAUUGAAACUGAUUCCGAUAUCACCGCUGCUUAAACAAUUUCCUGCCACCAGCAAGUCGUUGCCACCGACAAGCCCACCUGGACUAUCUCCUCGUACGCUAAACUCAAUACCACCUAGGAAAUUUUUUAGCGCUUUUUCUAGUAGUCGUCAAAGUUCUAUAUUUGAUAAACUGAUUUCUGCUGAUGAGACCGACUUCAAUUCUAGCAAUCAACAAAAAAUUACCGACUCUCAAAGCUCGGAGCUACUUGAUCCACCCAGUGUUUCUACGGAUUCUACAAUAGAAAAACACAGCCCUGCAAAGCAAGUAUCACCGACUCAAGUAGAGAAAGAGCCAAUGUCGCAAGCAACGAACACUAAGAAUGUCGUCUCAUUGGACGAAGCCCUUCUGGUCCCAGUACCCAAGGAAGCCUCGAUGCCACAACCUAAGAUGAUAUCUGAGAAAUCCAGUACAGAAUCUAUCAACGAGGAAGAAAGUCGUAAACUAAGAUUGAAUCAAAUAAAGGAACUCCUUAAACAGAAACCAGGCUUUGCGACUAGAUGUGCCAAGCCGUCGUUCCCGUUGGUCCGACGUGCCUCAGCGGCUGCUCCUGGUCGCUUAGAAACAGUUACUAGGCCCUUGCCGAGACUCUUGUCUUUAGAACUAUUUAAUCCGGAAACAGAUGACUUGGAUAGCGACUCAAGUGGGGUAUCGUCUCCUGAAUCCGUCGGCUCUGUAAUCAGCGUAAUAUCAGAUGAGCGUUUCACGACAGUUAAAGAUAACGUUAAAUUGGAUGGUGAUGGACAAGAGAUGUCGCAAAAUCCAAAUGAAAGGCGUCCAUCUUUGGUGGUAAGGCAUUCCGAAUUUAGUCAUUUAGAUAACAACAGUGCAUACGAAUUAUUGACACCCAGAAGCUUGAGCGAAUCAUCGACGGAAGUGUCAUUAGCAUCGUCGCAAUCGAUUAGACUUUUAGAAGCAGCAGCCAAUGUUGCCAGUUCUCUUGAGAAUGCUGUAGAAACGGCAAUCCAAGCGAAACCGCGUAGUAACAUGUACACAUCAAAACCACAAAAACACACAACUUCGGAUGAUUCAUUGAAGUUUACAAAUUCGUGGCGAAGUGACGGUGCCUCUCCUUCGGAGCUACAAGAGUUAUUGGAUGACUCAAAACCGAAUUCCCUCUUGCCGGAGGCAAAGACGUGGGACGAAGAAUGCCGCCAACAUUUGAUCGACUUUACUGAAAAAUUGAAUGAAAACCUCAUCCAUGACAUUGACAAAUAUUGCCAAAAAACUGAACUGGAAUUCAGCCAGGAUCCAAAACCGAAACGGAUCGACUUGGAUGUGUGUGUGGCGAACUUGGAACCUAAAGUCGUUAAUUCCUUUAUAAUUGAUUCGUAUAUACCUCAAUACGAACAGCUGCCAGGCAACGAAAAAUUGGCAACUUGUAAAUAUAGCGAAGUAGUAGACACCAAUGCCUGGUUAAAUAAGUGUACAAACGAUAUGGAGAUUUCAAAAACUGACAAUAAGCCAAGCGAUAAUUUGCUUGGGCUAGAAUGCUCAAACGCAGACAUAAGUAGUAAAAGUGUAAUUAAUAAUGUACUUAUUGAGAGAGGCAAUUCCGAGGAUAUUAUGGAUUUUGUUUUGGUUUCAAAUACUAGAAAAUAUACCGUUCGAGAGAAGAAUGAAAUCGAAGAUACAUUCAGGGGACAAGACGCUACUGAAAUACAGUCCCAGGGCGGUGCUACCAGCUUUGUCGAAGAAAUUGAAGAAAAGGCACGUUUAAGAUUUGGAAAUUCGAUCGAGUCAAGUGACAUUGGAGAUUCCAUAGAAAACACUACCAGUCUUAGCGAUUUCAGUCAAACCGAAUCGUUUCGGGAAUCUGUAGCAAUGGAAAAAACUCACAAUGGUAGUACAGCAUCUCUCGGAUCUUGCAAUACCGAGUGUAAAAGUAAAAAUGCCAAGAGUAAACUUCAGCCCGAAUUACGUUCGGCUUCGGAAGAGAUUAGCUCCCGUCCUCCGAUGGUUAGGCAACAGGCGUCUGUUAAUUCAGAAUGUAUAGUAUCUGCGACUAGUAAUGGAACUUUAACUGGUUCUUCUUCGCAAGAGUCAUUGCCAUCUGAUCAUGGAGGCGGAGCCAUAACGUAUCACCAGUACUAUCAUGUUUUCAGAGAAGGAGAGUUGGACCAACUAAUUAAUAAAUAUGUUGAAAAUUUACAUAUUAUUUCAUCCUACUACGACCACGCGAGUUGGUGCAUAGUUGCAGAGAAAGUGCAAGUCUGGACUAUAUGACUCACCGCUACUUGCCAAUAUCAAAUUACCAAUUUUAUAUAUUUUCUUGCUUUUUUAAGCUGUUCUUCUCAUAAUAAUUACCUAUUACAAUGGCUUGUAAAUAUGUAAAAUAUAAUGUUUCUGAACUAAGCGCACAGGCUGGUAGAUAAUUUGUAUAGUAAAUGACACUUUUAGUUAUUAAUAUUUAUAUUAUUUAAAUGCUUGACCAAUUUUGAAUUUUUUUUAUGGUACGUUUACAAAUGUCGAAAUGCUGAUAUCCUUUGUGCGUCAUUAAUUUAUUAUGUAUUUCACCGUUCAUCAUUUCGAACUGAUAUUAGCAGCGUGAUAGAAAUAUACCUUCGAAAAGUUCUUACCCGAAAAUUGAAAUAAAAUGAACAUAAUAAUCUGAGGCAUCCGAUGCAGUAAUCGAAAAAUGAACGAUUUUUGAAUUCUUGUUCUUGUUCCGAUGUUUUUACAGUAUAGUUUUUUUCAGUAUGGAAGACUUGUGUUUCAUGAUAAUGCAGUACAUACUGUAAGCAGAAGUUAUAGAACGAAUGCCUAGAUAGUGUUAUAAGAAUGCUACGAGUCUUUUUGUCUACAUUCGAUUGUUGACUUGUAUUUGAAGAGCUCUAAACUACCUAAGAACAUAAGUAAAAAAAAACCGUUUCACCCUGUAAAUAAAUAUCCCUGUUCAAGAACUUAGACAAUUUGUGAGAUUAAUCUAUUAAUGUUGUUUUACGUAAGCAUCCGUCUAGCAAUUGUCCGAAUAUACGAACUCCAUCAAAUUUACAAAAAUCACUAACAAUAAUAAUUAAAUUAAAAAAAUAUAUACAUUAAAAAUAGUGAUAAUAAUAAUAAUGAUAAAAAGUGGAAAUGCUACUACUGUUAAAACACAAUAUCACGGUUUGUUGUACUCAAUCUAGAUCUCGCUACAUACAAAUAACAAAACAAUAUGAUCGUAUGUUUGUGAGAUUUUCAUAAUUAAUUCUCUGUACUGUCAAUGAUUUCACAAUAAUGCAAAAAUUGUAUAACUGA